AUGGUCUGGACACUCUUCUCUCUUUUCGCUCUCGCAAACGCUAUCCGCACUCCAAGAGAAGUCGAAUGGUCUGAUCAAAGUUACGGACCAGAUGGACCAUGGAACGCUGUAAAAGUUCAAAUUGGAACAAAAGAUCAAUCCAUAGCGCUUUUUCCUGGGGCAACUUUGGAAACGUGGGUUAUAAGUGAUGAUUACUGUGAAGGCGAGACGUGCUUUGCUUCGAAAGCAGGGACUAUUAAUAAGAAUAUGGGAUAUCAAAAUGAGAGAGAUCGUUCGGUUGAGCUGGAUGGUUUUAUGCAGGGUGUUGAACUCGAGGGUGAGGCUGGAAUUCGGUACCGAGAUGAUAUUACUAUCGACGGUAUCAACAUCGCCAAUGCUAGCGUUGCCAUUUUAGACGACGCAAAGAUGAAAUAUCCCGGCGGCAAAGCGGUAUCCUUGUCUUUGGGCUGUCUAAGUGUAGGCGCCCCAAACACUAUCAACCAAUCCUUCACACAAUCCGAUAAAAAGUCCUCUUUCAACGCGAGUCUUCUGCCAGGAUUUCUAUGGGACAGGGACCUGACAUCUUCGAAUAGCUUUGGCAUGCACAUUGGGUCACCUGAUCCUUGGAUUCCUGGGUCUCUUGUGUUUGGUGGUUAUGAUAAGGCCCGUAUUAUCGGAAACGUGCUCAUCACACCGGGAAGCCCUAGAGACGAGGGUAUUGAACUCUAUGAUAUCGCUAUCGAGGGUUUUGGGAAGAACCCGCCAAAGGCGAAGGAGGGUCUCCUCGCGAAGGGGAAUUCGACAUUGAGAAAAGGUCUCAAUGUCACGAUCGAUGGCUGUUCACCCUAUCUUACUCUACCAAAGUCAACCUGCGACAGCAUUGCCGAAUAUCUUCCUGUCGCGUUCAAUGAAGAUCUUGGUCUUUAUCUCUGGGACACAGAGUCGGAAGAAUACGAAAUAAUCGUCAACUCCGCUACAGCUCUAUCAUUCUCAUUCCCUAACAUGGGUGAUAUAACCAAGAUCCGUGUUCCCCUCAUGCAUCUCAACCUCACACUCUCCGAACCCAUCGUCGACAAUCCAAUUCCCUACUUUCCCUGUCACGUCAACGACAAUGGGCGAUAUGUUCUCGGGCGCGCUUUUCUUCAAGAUGCGUUCCUCGGUGCGAAUUGGGGCCCUGAUGUCAACAGGUGGUUGUUGGCUCAGGCACCAGGUCCCAGACUCCAAGGCGCUCGAGAUAUCCAAUCGACUGGGUCUUCUGACAUGAGUGUCGAAAGUAGCGAUGGCCAAUUUGAGACAAAUGCUUGGGAAAUGUCAUGGGCUAGUGCCUGGAAUGACGAAGCAGCGCCGUUAAGCACACCAAACAAAAUGACUCCGCAGCCAGAGAAAGACAAAGAUGAAAAGAAGCCAUUCAUGCCGACGGCUUCAAAGGUUGGAAUGGGCAUCAGAUUUGGCUCUGCUUUCGGUGUCAUACUUCUUGGUGUUGGUGUCUUCAUCUGGCGACGGAAACGCAGAAGAUAUCCGGCGAAACUCACGAUGAAGAAGAAGCCAUUGGAUGGGUUCUCGAUAUAUUGGCCCCCGAGCGAUCUUCCACCUCAGGAGAUGCAUGUUCCUAGACAUAAGAUGCCCCCGUACGAGAUAUCGGCUGAUGAGAGGCGGAUAUAUGAGAUGCAUGCUCAUCAUGUUCAGCAAAAGAGGCCGCUAAUAGAGAGAUACGAGUUGCCUUGA